CAAACCGGCAACAACCACCAAUCUCUCUGGCCGGCGGUCGCAGACAUGGUGGGCAAGAAGGAGCCCCCGAAGCCGAAACCCAGAGCCGCCCCGCGCGGGGCGAAGGCGAAAGCUGCGCAAGCUGCACAAGCUCCAGUAGAGAUCGCCGACAAUGAUACAGCUGGCGGUGCCGCGCAAGAGGAAGGAAGGCGAGCGCUGGCGGAAGAUGUCGCCCCCGAAACUCGGACUUCAGCGCCCGACGCGGCGCAUCCGCCGGCAGACAAGACGCGACGGCAGAAGGCGCCACUCAACAGCAGCGCCAAAGAUGAAUUCGCUGCUAUGCUGGAGCCGUUCUACUAUGGCAAGUCGCUGACAGAUCCAAUCAACACGGCCGAGGACAAAUGGAAUCUGCUGCCGGCAUUCCUGAAGGUGAAGGGCCUGGUAAAGCAGCAUGUCGACUCGUACAACCACUUCGUCGACGUCGAGCUCAAGAAGAUUAUCAAGGCGAAUAGGUUUGUGAGGAGCGACUUCGAUCCCAAGUUCCUGCUCGAAUACACAGACAUCCGAGUCCUGUCGCCGAACCGCGCGGAAGAAGACGACGUCCAGGAGCUCCGAAGCACCGUCACGCCGAACGAAUGCCGUCUUCGCGACAUGACCUACGCCGCGCCCAUCGUCGUCGACAUUGUAUACACGAGAGGGAACACAAAAAUCAAGCGGACGGGCGUCAAGAUUGGGCGCAUGCCGAUCAUGUUGAAGAGCAACAAGUGCGUGCUUGCAGGCAAGAAUGACCGCGAAAUGGCUUGCAUGGACGAGUGUCCGCUAGACCCGGGCGGCUAUUUCAUCACGCGAGGACAGGAGAAGGUGAUCCUGGUACAAGAGCAGCUCAACAAGAACCGUGUUAUUGUCGAGACCGCAAAGGGCAUCAUGCAGGCGAGCGUCACCAGCUCGACGCACGAGAGGAGAACGAAGACGUACGUCAUUCAGAAGAAGGGCCUUAUGUUCCUGCGGCAUAACACCUUGUCGGAAGAAGUACCUAUCGUGUUCGUUCUGAAGGCGCUGGGUGUGCAUUCCGACAAGGAGAUCCUGCUCAUGGUGGCGGGCGAGGACAGCGCAUACCAGGAUAACUUUGCUAUCAACUUUGAGGCUUGCGGAAGGGAAGGGAUCCAUACGCAGGAAAAGGCUCUAGAGUAUAUCGGCCACCGCGUGCGGUUAUCGAAGAAGCCGUUGGGCACCUCACGCAUGCGCAACUACCACCUCGAGGCCAUCGAGUGCCUGUCGUCCGUCAUUCUUCCCCAUGUCCCCGUCCACGGCACCAACUUCAAGCCAAAGGCGCUCUACGUUGCCUUGAUGGCGCGCAGGGUUCUAAUGGCGAUGCAGGACCCGAAGCUUGUCGACGACCGCGAUUACGUGGGCAACAAGCGUCUCGAGCUGUCCGGCCAGAUGUUGUCCCUUCUCUUUGAGGAUCACUUCAAGCGAUUCAACCAUGACUUCAAGCUGAGCAUAGACAAGGUGCUCAAGAAGCAGAAUCGCGCCCAAGAGUUCGAUGCCUUCUCCCACUUCAGUGUACACAAGAACCAUAUCACGCUGGGUAUUGAGCGCGCGAUAGCCACCGGAAACUGGAGCCUAAAGCGUUUCAAGAUGGACCGAGCUGGGGUUACGCAUGUGCUAAGCAGGCUAAGCUACAUUGCAGCGCUCGGCAUGAUGACGAGGAUAACGAGCCAGUUCGAGAAGACGCGGAAGGUGUCCGGCCCUCGUGCCCUUCAGCCUUCCCAAUUCGGCAUGCUGUGCACCUCAGAUACUCCUGAAGGUGAAGCGUGCGGUCUAGUUAAGAACCUUGCAUUGAUGACGCACAUCACCACGGAGGACGACGAGGAGCCGGUUCGGAGGAUCGUCUUCCUUCUGGGUGCGGAAGAUAUCUGCUCUCAGACUGGAGAGGAGAUCCACGCCGAAGGUGUCUACGCUGUUUGCCUCAACGGUACUCCGAUAGCGGUCACGGAUACCCCGAAACGAUUCCUGAAUAGCUUCCGAAAGCUCAGACGAAUGGGCCGCAUCUCCGAAUUCACGAGCAUUCAUAUCAAUCACGACUUCAACGAAGUGCACAUUGCUACUGACGAAGGCCGCAUCUGCCGGCCCAUGAUUGUGGUGGAGAACGGACGCUCCAAAGUCACCGCACGAUACCUUAAGGCGCUACGGAAGGGCACGAUGGAUUUCGAAGAUUUCAUCACCCGUGGUCUCGUGGAGUACCUAGAUGUCAACGAGGAGAACGAUUCAAACAUUGCGAUCUAUGAGAAGGAAAUCGGCCCUCACACAACUCACCUUGAGAUAGAGCCGUUCACGAUUCUGGGUGCCGUUGCCGGUCUCAUUCCGUAUCCUCAUCAUAACCAGUCGCCGCGUAAUACCUACCAGUGCGCUAUGGGUAAACAAGCAAUCGGCGCCAUAGCGUACAAUCAGUUCACAAGGAUAGACACCUUGCUGUAUCUGAUGGUAUACCCACAGCAGCCCAUGGUGAAAACUCGGACUAUCGAGCUCACCAAGUACGACAAACUUCCGGCUGGCCAGAAUGCCACUGUUGCUGUCAUGUCCUACUCUGGUUACGAUAUUGAGGAUGCGUUGGUCCUUAAUAAAGCCUCCUGCGACCGGGGGUUCGGACGAUGCCAGGUCUUCAAGAAACACGUCACGCCGCUGAAGUCGUACGCGAAUGGGACUCAGGAUACUGUCAACGCCGCUGCGCUCGAUGGAACCGACCGUAGGUAUAGAGGCAUCGGCGAUGAUGGCAUUGCACAGGUGGGGGCGCGGAUGAACCAGGGCGACUACUACCUCAUGAAAUCCGUGCCAGUAGAUACCACGUCCAGCGCAUCGACAGGGCAGACUAAGCCGACUCCUCUUCCUCAUAAGCUUCCCGACCAUUCAUACGUCGACAAAGCCUGCAUCACAGAGAACGAGGCUGGCACGACUCUCAUAAAGCUCCUUUUCCGGCAGACACGGAGACCCGAGCUGGGCGACAAGUUCUCGUCGCGCCAUGGUCAGAAGGGCGUCGUGGGUCUUAUUUCGCCUCAAGAGGACAUGCCGUUCAAUGACCAGGGCGUGUGCCCGGACAUCAUCAUGAAUCCCCACGGUUUCCCGUCUCGAAUGACGGUCGGCAAGAUGAUGGAGCUGCUAUCAGGCAAGGCUGGCGUCCUCCGCGGGACUCUGGAGUAUGGCACCGCCUUUGGAGGCAGCAAGGUCGAAGACAUGGCUGAGAUCCUCGUCCGUAACGGCUUCAGCUAUACUGGCAAAGACUAUCUCACCUCCGGUAUCACGGGCGAGGCCCUGCAGUUCUACGUCUUCUUCGGCCCCAUCUACUAUCAGAAGCUCAAGCACAUGGUGCAGGACAAGAUGCACUCUCGCGCCCGCGGACCGCGCGCUAUCCUCACACGCCAGCCCACCGAAGGCCGUGCUCGAGACGGUGGCCUGCGCCUGGGAGAAAUGGAGCGCGAUUGCUUGAUUGCGUAUGGUGCUUCCCAGCUGCUGCUCGAGCGGCUGAUGAUCUCCUCAGAUGCACAUCAGGUCGAUGUGUGCGAGAAGUGCGGACAGAUGGGCAGCUUAGGGUACUGCAAGAUGUGCGAGAGCGAAGCGCAUAUACGCCAUCUGACGAUGCCCUAUGCGGCGAAACUGCUCAUUCAGGAGCUGGGCAGUAUGAAUGUCAAGGUCACGAUUGGGCUGGAGGACGAGUUUCCGAGGGAGGAUAACGAGUGAGGACUACAGGAGUGCGGUAGCAGUGGAGGCAAGGAGCUGGUAAAAAGUUCAUGGGCUUUGUUUGGGUCUGAUAUGCAUAGCGCGGCGUGAUGGGCCUAGUGGAGUCUUCCUAUCUAUAUGCAUUUUGGGCGUUGAUAUGUCGGUUGGUCCUUCGUCUAUUAUCUCACUUCAGACAUCUUCUAGUAUGGGGCCCCUCUCAUCCCUCUGUAUUGUUUGGCAUUCCAGAUAACCCUGGUGGCGAGCUUUUCCACGGGCCGUUACUCGUUGCGGUUCCCC